CCGCCGCGGCUCCUCGCGGGCGAGGGGCAGGCCCGGGCCGCGGGUGCGCGUGCAGUGGUUUGCUGGACGGUGUCCGAGCGGGGAGUCGGAGCUCUGUGCUGCCAUGAGGUGUUUUCUGCCAAAUACCAAACCCGUCAAGUUUUUAAUAUAUAUUGACAAUCUAAAGUUAUUUAUAAAUUAACUUUGAAAUAAACCUUUAAAUUCUACUAGUCAGCUAGUACAACCAAGCUUCCAUCUCUCGCAUUAGAGAGCUUGGGGACCUUGUUAAAGAGUACAAAUAGUUUAUAUAAACUGCUCUAAAUUUAAAAAGAAAAAAAGUCUCUGUUUAUCAUCGCGUGCAUCGUUUUGGAAUGGGUUUAAUACUCCCCACUUAAAGAAAUAAAGCAGCUGUAAGUAAAAAAAAUAUCUAUCAAAGGAAAUUCACUGUAGGUAUGGAUCACUGGCUAGCGUAAUGAUAGACCACGAGAUAGAAAAGUGGGAGUUUUGGUAAGUGAAGUAAUUCAAGCCUUCAGGAGUAAGCAGGGAAUUAAACAAAGGCUGCUUAUAUUUUGCCACUCACAGCACUCGGGAGAAAUAAAAAAAGAAGCAGACCAGUAAAAUUAAGUUCAAGAAAAUGGUAGUGAAAUACCCUGAGUAAUGGUCUGAAAAAUAACCACUGAUGUUAGCAGCUUUAUGAAUAGUAAUAUGAUGUAGCAAUAACUACAACCUCCUUUGCCAUUUAAAAUAUGAAUAGUAGCAAUAACUCAUGCACUAGUUUACAUCUGUGGCAUGUUUUUUUUUGGACUGCCCAUGCCUCCCUAAGCAUCCUGAAGGUGAUCAGUGGCAAUGGGAAGGACAUUAUAAGAUAAGAAAAAAGAAGUUUAGCCUCCAGUGGAAGGAGCUGUAAAAGAAGCAAGAAACAAAGAUGGGGUAAAUGAGACUAAACAUAUAUGUGCUGGUACUGAGGCCAAGUGAGGGUUUGAAGCCAGGGAAAAAGAAACAUACCUUAGAACAUAUCCUAGAAAUGGAAGGUAUGAGUCCAAUAUCAUGUGAGUGGGAUGAGGGCAGUGGAACAUAUGAAUGACAGCUCCACAUUUUUCAGUUUUUCACCUCCACGGGUGAAAACUUGUGGACUUAGUUGUGAAUUGGCUGAGAAGGACAAUCCCUGCACCAUCAGUUUGAGAAGUUGGUUAUUUAGGCUGACUUUCCCUCCAGCUCACAGCAAGCCCCCCAAAAUUCCCUCUCUGAAAAUCAAAGGAGGGAGCUGUAGUUUGACCUGGUCACUUACUUUGGCCCUGACAUCAGGUGUUAGAGCAGAGCUGUGCAUUGCUGGAUUUUUUUCACUUAUAUUCUCUGCCACAUAUUAAUGUUUUUAGCAAGUGUGGCAAAUUGCUCUAUAAUUGUUCUGUUGUAAAAUUAUAGACCUCUAGUAGUAAUAGUACCAGCUGAAUUAAUAAUUAGCAUAGCUAGAAGGACUACGCCUUUGAAUGAAUGCUGAUGGUUAUGUGCCUUCCCCUGAUUCAAGUCCUGAGCCAGCAAAAGUGGAUUUGCAGCGUGUAAGUGCGUGCUGAAAGGCUGAAUGUGGUUCAGUAGGAGACUGUGGUUACUGCCUUGGUCCUUGCACUCCAGCAGCUGCCUCUGGAGGAUGAAUGGUCACGAUUAACACAACACCACAAUCGCUUGAUCUCAUCCAGACUCUGAGGAAGGGGUUAAGGAAGGAGGACUGGGGAGCCCGAGAGUUUCAGAACACCAUCCUUUUUAACCUUUCAGCGGUCUGUCUGCAUGUGUAUGAGUGAGAUGCAUUAUACAGGUAAUCCUUCACACAUGGCUCAUUCAUUCAUACCUCUUAAGCUGAUGCAGUGCUUGGGAGGUAAUACCAGAAAGUCAGUUGAUACAGCUCAUGUUGUAAGUGGCAUUCCAAAAUCUUCCAGCUUUCGAACAAAAUGAAGAGCGUGGGAAAUGUGUAACACAGAGCUUCUAACUUCAUGUUGUCUUUAUACAGUUCCCAGGCUUAGGUUUACAAUUUUGUGACUGUUUAAUAUGUGGCAUUUGUUAUUAGCCUCUCCAGAAUAUGACUGAUGGUGGAACUACAUGCAUUUGGAGAUGUACCUUUCAAAAGCCAUAAGACAGGUCUUGUUAAUUUAAUUUUGAUUUUCUUGUUUUCUUUGCUUCCUCAUACAGCAUCUGUCAGCUGCCAAGUAGAGAAGGUAAAGAAGCCUGUCCACACAAAAGACUUAUUAGCCAGUAAAGUUUUUAUAGGUGCAGUAGGCGGAGCGGGGUCCUGGCUUUCCCCGCCCUUUCUGCUGCCAUCUUUGGAAGGUCAGGCGAGCUGCCCGUCCCGUCCCUCCGCCUCCCCGCGCUCCGCUGCCCGCCCCUGGCCCCGGCGCCGCAGAGCGCGCCGCCCGCGUCCUCGUCCCCGGAAAGGCGGCGGGAAAUCGCGCCGAGAGGGCGGGGGAAAUGGAGGAAAACACAAAAACAUCGGGGCAGAACAGCCGCUGGAGGUGCCCGAGCCGUCUCCCUGCCCGCAGGACCAAGGCUGCACACGGCCGGGAGCUGACAGGUCUGUGCUGGACAGUGGGAGAAAGGUCCCUGAUGGUUGCCAUGUCCUCGGUGGGCAGAGAGCUCUGACCUUGGUUGGGUGGGCUGCUGGCUUUAGUUUGGUUUCUUUUUCACAGGUUUCUGGGUGUUUUGAUCCUGACAUCACCAAACCCUCAGUUGCUGUAUCUCUUGGAUGCUGUGCAGGAUGGAAUCAGGCAGCCAAACCUCAGGUUCACCUUCUCCCUGACCCUCUGCGUUGGUCGUGUGGCACAGCAGAUCCUGGAGCCAGGUACUGGAACUUGCUGCGUGUGUCACUGCUGGGGUGAAAAACAGAGCCUUGGGGAGUGUUGAUCUCCUCACCUGCUUUGUGCUCGUGCACUCUUGACUGAGCUUUUUGUUCUGGGGAAGAAAAGGGGAGGGUGGGCAGCAACCGAGUGAGCCUCAGAGCAAAGGCCUUCUGCAGUUGCUGGGCUGUUCUCCCAGCUUGGAACACUGCACACUCACUACAGCUUCCACGUAUUCUCAUCCAUGGUUGUGGACUGGGAACGUUGCCAGGGUGGGCAGCACAGAGCAUGGUCACACUGUGAGGUUUUCUGACACUACAACAAUCUUACACCCUCUAAGAACUUCCCCUUCAAGGACUGUAAUGGAACAAAAGGUAUGAAAGAAAUAAAAUUCCACAAGGGAAAAUAGUCUGUAAAAAUGCCUCCAUUAGACUGGAGCCAUUUCUCUGUGCUUGUGUCCCUGUUCCAGCUUGUUUGCAAGGAUCCGUCCUUACUGGAGAUCUGUAGGUGUUCCUUUCAGAGUGCAGUAAUAAAUGUAUUAAAUAGCA